AUGGAGAGAGGCCGCCCAGCGCCGGCGAGCACCGUAGAGAUUAAGGUCCAUCCGCGGCGCGGCGACAACAGUGACCCUCCCGUGGGGUCACCUGGCAGAUUGGAGAAGAUGGGUGCUCUAGAAGUGUAUAAAGUGGUCCAUAGACACCAGGCAUGGCGCCUGAUCUCUUGUAUAUGGUUACAUGCUGGAGUUUUCCAUUUACUUGCCAAUAUGUUAAGUCUUCUUUUCAUUGGUAUUCGACUUGAGCAAGAAUUUGGGUUUGUUAGAAUCGGUUUGCUUUAUGUCUUAUCCGGUUUCGGCGGGAGUUUACUGUCAGCUCUUUUUAUUCAAAGUGGUAUAUCCGUUGGUGCCUCAGGUGCACUUUUUGGUCUAUUAGGAAGUAUGCUUUCAGAGCUCAUCACAAAUUGGACUAUAUAUGCAAAUAAGUUAGCAGCAUUGAUCACUCUCAUUGUCAUCAUUGUAUUAAAUUUAGCAGUGGGAGUCCUCCCACACGUUGACAACUUUGCUCAUAUCGGAGGAUUUGUUUCUGGAUUUCUUCUUGGAUUCGUAUUUUUGAUACGUCCCCAAUUUAGAUGGAUUAGCCAAAAAUAUGCUUCCUCAGGCCAUAGAGUUACUUCGGUUACUAAACACAAGACAUAUCAAUAUGCGCUGUGGAUUAUCUCUAUGGUUUUGUUGCUUCUUGGAUUUAUUCUUGGGCUGAUUAUGCUCCUUCAAGGGGUUGACUUAAAUGAUCAUUGUUCCUGGUGUCACUAUCUAAGUUGUGUCCCUACUUCACAUUGGAGUUGCAACUCACAGCGAGGUUUUUGUGAGAUGACUCAAACCAAAAAUCAGAUGAACAUGACAUGCCAAAGCAAUGGAAGAAGCAGCAUUUUUCAGUUAUCAGAUAGCAACCCUUCACAGGUUCAGGUUCAGGACUGGUGCCGUCAGCUUUGCAGUUAAACAUACGCGUAUAAACCGGACAUGACAUAAGGUUUCUUGCGCCCGUCUCAUUUUAAUUGAACCACCUGUUGUAUGUGCCUUAAAUUUCUGCAGACAGAAUUUCUUUCCUAUGUACCUACAAAGCAGUAGUUGUCAUAUUCAUUAUUCUUUCUUGCAAUGUUCUAAAAGCCCUUUAGCUCUGUAUUAUUGGUUCUAGUAGUAUCCUCGCAGCCCAUUUUCUCUGUAUCACUGUAUCCAAGCCCAAUCAAACUUCAUAUUAUAAACCAAAAUAGAUCCAAUUUACGCUAGGUUGACCUUGAGGCCCAAUGUUAGAAUGGACUCAAAAUGUUUGCAUUCA